UAACAUAAAGUUAAUUAAAUGAACCUCUAAAUGGAACUAUAAGAGUUGAUUUCUUAUCUUAAUAGUCAAGGAAGCAUCUUGAAAUACAGACAAAACGAAUUAGUGAAAUCUGAACAAGUCAGUACUUUACCUACAGGGGAAGUAUUAAUCAUUUCUUCUAAGUAAAUAAUAAAUUGUUAUGGUAGUGGUCCCUAAUAUACGUUAACGAUAAGAUAAUAACCAAUAUUUGCAAAAUUAGGAGUACAUAUAAUUAUUAAUAUUUGUAGGUAGCAUCCUUAAAAGAGGACUUAAGACUUUAAAAUGAGUUACUGGGACAUGAAUAAGAAGUGAUUCAUAUUUGUGAAGAUGCAAAAUUACUAGGUUCUGAAUUUUAUGUUAAAGGAUAAAUAAAAGGAAAAGUAUUAAAUGAGUUGGCUAUUCAAAACUUAUCUAUAAGUGAUAGGAAACUUGUUUUUAAGGAGAUUGUCAGUUUUCUAUGUCGUAUUCAUAGCAUUGGUCAAAGUCAAAGCACAUUUAAUUAUAAGGCAGUAAUUGAAAGUUUAAGAAUUCAAUAUAAAACACAUGAAACAAGAAUUCAAACUAAUAUUGAAGACCUUCUUUAUUGGUUACAAAUGAAUGUGCCAGAAUAAACAAUAUAAGAAUCUCUUUGUUUAGGAAAUGUGGAGUUAAAUAAUUUUAUUUUUGAACUAACAGAAAUAAAAUUGAUUAGUAUAUAAAAUUGGAAUUCUGUAUAAAUUGGAAAUUCUUAUAUUGAAUUUGCCAGAUUCUUAUCUAAUUAUGAUGUCCCAUAUGUAAAAUAAGUUACUGAUUAUGGUUUACAGAAAAUCCAUUAUCUCUUGGGUUUAUAAAAUAAAGCAGAAUUGAUUAAUCAAUAUUGCAUAGAGAGACAAUUAGAUUCUAUAAAAUAUCUCAAUUAUAACAUUAUUAUAGUGUUAUUAUAAAGAGCUAUAUUCAAAUAAUAAUGUAUAAAGACUAAAGUCAAUCCUGAAAGAAGUAAUAUAUUUUAAUAAGAAUUGGAAAUUUUAUCAAAAUCUGCAUGGAAUAUGGUUUUGGAAUUGACAAAUGAUGAUCCUUUCUUAGUAAAAUCAAGAGUUGAAAGUGAUUAAUUAUUAUGGGCUCAAUAUCCAGUCAGUCAAAGAUGCAAGAGUUAUUAUUAUAGAAUAAGAGAUUUUAUGAGAGAUGAAGUUUUUCCAAUUGAAUAAUCAUAGUUCGAUAUUAUCUAUUCUUUCAAUAAAGAUAAUCAUUGGAAGGGAUUACCAGGAAUUGAACAUUUAUAAAGAAGAGCUAAAUCUUUGGGAUUAUGGAAUCUAUUUAUUGGAGAUCCAGUUUAUGGAAAAGGAUUGAAUAAUUUAGAAUAUACCUUCUUAUCUGAAUUGAUGGGUAUUUCAUUCUUUGGUCAUGAAAUAUUUAAUUGUUAUGCUCCAGAAACUGGAAAUAUUAAACUAUUGAUAAUGGCAGCUACUGAUUUUUAAAAAGAAAAAUAUCUUAAACCUCUUCUAGAAGGAGAAUGUAAAACAUUUUUUGCUAUGUCUGAAAGAAAUGUAUCUUCAUCUGAUCCAACAAAUUUUGAGACUAUUAUAACAAAAUAAGGAGAUGGAUACGUUAUUAAAGGAAGUAAAUGGAUGGUUUCAGGAAUUUAAGAUGAAAGAUGUAGAUUUGGUAUUGUGAUGGGUAAAACAACUGUUAAUCCAAAAUCUCCAUUUACAGAAUAAACAAUGUUCUUAGUUGAUACUCCUCAUCCAAAUAUAAAAUUUAAAAAUCCACUUGCUGUUAUUGGUUAUGAUGAAGCACCUCAUGGAAUUAUUGAAGUAGAAUUUGAUAAUGUUUAUGUUCCUAAGGAAAAUAUGUUAGGUAAAGAAGGAACUGCUUUUGCUAUGUCUUAAGGAAGACUCUUAGGAGGAAGAUUGCAUCAUAGUGUUAGAUUAUUAGGAUUAGCUCGUAGAUGUAUGGAUCUUUUAUUAGAGAGAGGAUCAAGAAGAAUUCAUUAAGGUUAAAAAUAAAAUGAAGAUUCAGCAUUCUAAGAAAAAAUUGGAAGAAUGGAAUGCGAUUAUUAAAUCUGUAAAACUAUGAUUUUAAAUGCUGCUAUGAUAUUAGAUUCUUUAGGUGGAAGACACAUGCAAUCACUUAAAGCUGUUAGUGAAACUAAAGCAUUUGUACCAUAUAAAUGUUAAUGUAUUAUUGAUGAAUGCAUUUAAUUAUUUGGUGCUCAAGGUAUCACUACAGAUUAUAUUUUGUAACUUGCUUUUUAAGCUUGCAGAGGACUUAGAUUAAUGGAUGGUCCAUGUGAAUUACACAAAAAACAAGUAGCAAGAUUCACUUAAGGAAGUCAUAUGUUCAACGAGUUGAUUAAUGGAGAUGGAUACAUAGCCAACCUCUGACUCAAAUGAACAAUUUAAAUACAUAACAAAU